AUGGAGGCAUCCACUAUGAUGCUCCGAACGCGCAUUCAAGCCAGCUGUAUUGCGUGCCUCCCAUGCAGAAAUCGUGAAAAUCAGGGCACCAUACUAUCCGGCGAGCCAGUAGCCCCGCUCGAGUGCGAUUAUCAGCACUGGUGUGGCACGCCGCGGUACGUGCAACUGCUAGGCUACAGAGCUGACACGGAAGCACAGAAGGCCAAGGAGAAACUCAGGAAGACACAAGAGACACGCGAAAAAAUAGCAGCAAAGAAACGUAAAACUCCUCCGAGCAAAAUAGAACUAGCUUCAAAAUCUCAACUCCGUCCGGGGGAGGACACGUUAUAUGGUAGUGCUUGUUCCCGCGAAUUAAGACACCGUCGCCCGGCUGCUUUAAAGGCAGCCACACCUACAAAAGUUCCAUCACAACACACAACCAUGAAAAACGUACUUUGGGACAUGUUUGAGACAAAGGUAACGUCCGGAUGUGAACUCCACUUUUUUCCUGAGCGUACUCUUCCGCAUCUUCACUUUCAUCAUCGAGAUGCUCCUCAAAACAUGCGUGUUCUGAAGACUGCCGGAGCACGUGCAAGUCCAUGA